AGCAAUGAACCCAAUUUUUGUUUUAUCUGAAACAUUUAUUUCUGAUCAAAAAUGUGCUCUCUUAUUUAAUAUCAAUGAAUCACUUGAAAUUCCUAUGCAGGAAUUUGAUAAUAAAUAUUAUAGAGAACUUGUUAAUGAUCGUAGAAAAACAAAAGUUAGACCACCUAAAUUGUGUUUUGCAAAAAUUAGAAGGUCACAUUAUAUUUUAGAAAAGAAAAUUAGAGUUGAGCAUUGUACAAACUCACCUAACUAUACACAUAUAUUGGAAGAAAGUAACAAACUUAAGCAUUCUCAAGCUAUUUGGUCGUUAGUUAAAGAAGAAGUACUUAAAAACUAUCAACUACCAGAAAUAAUAAAUGCAAUAAAGGAGUUGAUCACUAAAGAGUUAGGUUUAGACACAAAUGUAAAGGAAUUGCAAUAUAUAGAAGUUACAAACAUUAAAUACAAGGUUCAUGGCUCUCUUAAGACAUAUCUUAUAGAUAAUUCAAAGUUUGAAUUGAAUCUUAGUGAUAUAAUUUCAUUUUUUAAACAACAAGGAUAUUAUGUUAAACAUUUUAAAUUAACUUUAAUUGACUUCACUCACCAAAUGAAUUGGUAUGACUAUAGUUUAUUUACUUUGUAUAUUCGUAAUAAGUAUGGUUGUUGGGAAACUGGUGCACAUUUUUUUAAACCAAAGUAUUUUCUUGCAGAUCAAAGUAAUAUAAAAGAAAAUAGUAUAAAUAUGGCAUUUCCAGGUUUUCAAAAUGGUGAACCAGAUGCAGCUCAUAAAAUUGUUGAAAUUGACUUAAAAAAAUAUUCAGAUUCGAAAUAUGUUGUUUUUAAUUUUCAUAUUAUAAAAAUUUCAGUAGCUGAUAUUGAUCAUGACAUUCUUCAAGAAAUUUAUCGAUUUCCAUUUCCUAUUCAAUGA